GCGGUUUAUCUAGUUAAAAUAAAUCAAUGAAAUUGCAUCAGUUAUAUACGUUGAUUUCCGGAUUUACGAGCCCGCUGUCGGUUUCUCGAGUUAGUUGGCCUACUUCUUUGUUGUUCCUGACGCGGGACUGUUUGAGGCGGUAGGUAAGGCCUUGUCCAACGAUAUUACACUGUUGAAAUUUUGAUAUUGGGAUUAAUUCAGGCAAAAAAUAUCAUCGUAAAACACACAUGCGGAUCUUCCUAAAAAUGAGCAUUACCAACUAGAAAUAACUGUAAGUAGGCCUAGUUCAUAUUGGUCUAUAUUUAGAAAUAUGUCAUAGCUCAUACUUUUAUUUAAAAAAUUACAGACUCAGUAAAAUGGAAAAGAACGAACUCGAGGAAGCAACACAGACAACAAAACCUUUCAAGGUUUUUUCCAGAGACAGGGAGGCUAGGAAGGGCGUUGUUGCCUCUUCAUUUGAAGAUUUGAAAGAUGGUUGCAAAGAGAAGUUUGUACUGGAUUCAACUGCUAGGAUUACUUUUGUGCUGGAAGAAGAUGGCACAGAAAUUGACACAUCCUAUUUCAAAACGCUUCCGGCAAACACAAAACUCAUCCUACUUGUAGAUGAUGAUGUUUGGCAACCAGUUGCAGGUAGCUCUACAUCUUGCAGUGGUUCAAGCUCUGCAGACAGCACUCUUUCUGAUGCCACACCAAGGAUGAUGGCAUUAAUAGAAAAGAUGAAGCAAAGACAGGUUACUAAACCAUUACUGGUAUGUAUUGCAUUAGAUAACAGCAUCUAUUUUAGGAAGCGUGCAUAGUCUAGAUGCAUUAUUUGGUUGCUUGAGUUUUGACAUUUGGUAAAUGAAACACAUGCAGUCGAACAUGUUUAUACAUGUAUUUAAAUCAUGGGGAAUGAAAAAAAAGCUUCAAAUUAACUGAUUUUCAAUGUUAUACUGAGAAUGAACAUUAUAGUGAUGUAUGAUCGGCUAAAUAUCAAAAUU